AUGGAGCUCUCAGAGGAACUCGUUAUUCCAGGCACCAGCGCGAAAGAAUCGGGAGAAGCGAAGCCUGCCGCUUCAUCCGCGGCCGCUCCCUCUUCUCCUCCGCCGUCCGCGAAAGGCAUCGUCGCGUCGCUAGUGCACGCAUUCGAGGUCCACACGCAACAUCAACAUCAACACCUGGAUCUCGCAUUUCAAUCUGCCCCUCACGGGUCCGGUGAUGGCGGCGACGAGCCUGUUCAGGAGCGACACCGCCGGCGAGAUCCAAUAUGUCGCGAAUUCGAGGACCAGCCGUUCCCGAAGCGCGCGAAGCUGGGCGACGUGGAUGAAGGUUUCGCCGAACGUGCUGCUGCUGCUGCCGAGCGUAUAUCUCCACCAUCGCAUGUUGCUGCCGACGGCCCUAAAAAUUCGUCCCCAACGCAUAUUCCUGAUGAGGGACCUCGACUUGCGUCUCCACGGAAGGCUGACACUGACGCGCUAGCAAUUAAUCCAAGCUCGUUACACGACGAGCCGGCUCCUCAUGGUAGUGCGGAAGGUGCAUCUGUCGCGAACAACGAUGGACUUCGUAUUACCGCGAAUGGCGCGAGUGGUGCGAUUCGUGAUGCUGCUGCUAGUGAUGCGUCCGCUGCGGGGGGGAUCGACGAGCUGUGGCGGAAGGCGGAGCUGCGCGCGGUGACUGCGGAGGUGGCGGAAAGCGAGGCGCGGGUGAAAGCGCUGGAGGCGGAGCGGGAUGCGCUAGAAUUGAGGGUUGCACGCGUCAGUGAGAGAUGCAAGAAGGCAGAGGCGUCAGUUCAAGAAGCCACGUCAGCGGUGCAUUUGGCGCAGCAUGCGCAGUACUCUUUGCGUGCGGCAGAAUGGGCGGCAGUAGUGGGAGUGAGAGAGGGAGCUGCGGCAGCAGAGGAAGGGAGAAGGAGGCUGAACCAGCUGCUGAUGCUGGCAGGAUCUGAAUCAGGGCACGGGGAUGAGACAACCAAGAGUAUCACACUUGGUAGUAUGCUGCUGCUGCAAGGCUCGCAGGAAGCAUCAGGGAUGCGCGAUAAGAAGGAGCUUGCAGCACAUGGCUUGCUGCAGGCGGGGCAGCAGCAAGAUGCGAUUGAUCAAGGUGCGGCCUUGGGUCCUGUGGAGGAGCAUGUGCAUGUUUCACUCCACCGUCUCCCUCCCUCAUUCUCCCGCAUUCCCCUUCUCCUCUCUCGUCCUCUCCCUCCUCUUGCCAUGCCCAGCUGGCAGCAAAGGAUUUCUCUGCGGUAUCCUUUACCGUGGCAGAUCGUGGUGUAG